UUCCAUAGAAACCAGAGGGGAAUCGGGGAACGGAUGUGUUGCUGGUUGCCAACCGGGCCCUCUCGUUGAGGCUACAGUUUGCUCCUACAAAUCUGUUCUAGGUGCUGUAGCUCUGUGUGUGCCUUCCUGUCGGAUGCACUGUGCAAUUAUCAACCCCACGCAGCUCCUUCACUCAGCGGCUGCUCGUUUACGGAAACUGCAGGCGCACGUCGUCCGGGGCGUCUUUUUGUAGUUUGAAGGGCAUGUCAGCAGGCUGCAGCUUCAGCCUAUGUAUGUCCUCGGUUAGACGCACGGCUCUGGGAGAUGUAGCCUGCCUGGUGAUAAACCUGUGGUCAGCAUCGCUUUAAGCCCACCUACCUGCCUGCGCCUCCUCUCCACCAAUCCACCGACUGAGGAAGGAAAGAAGGAAGAAAAGGAGGAGUGAGAAGAGAUGCCGAUGGUGACUCGGAGGUGGCAGCACAGGAAAGUUCACUGUGUUUCUCUGUAACAGGGAGUGAGUCUUGUACAUUUUCCACCCAGACCUCGGACUGAACGACCCGUACCUGCACACAGGGUGUACCCAGCAGAACUGCCACGGACCUUCGCACAGAAAAACCCGAACAGAAAUGGACCAACAUAACGUGAGGCAAAGCAAGAGACAAAAACAGGAGUCACGAAGCAGAGCAGAGGCUUCAGCCCCAGCUUCAACUGCAGCUCAAGCUGCAGCCUCAGAUAGACCCAACAAUCCCAGCACCAGUCAGCGUCCGGUUCCCUCCAGGCCUCCGCGGCCCCAGAGAAGUCCUAGGAUUGAGGCAUCUGUAGAUAUUUCAGAACCAACUGAACCCAGAGUUGAGCCCAAAGCUGCACCCAAAACUGAACCCAAAGCUGAACCCAAAACUGAAUCCAGAGUUGAAACCAAAACUGAACCCAAAACCGAACCUGCUUCACAAACUAACCAGAAUGAGACCACUCCUGACGGCAGUGUGGUAAGCCAGCCCAAACCCUCUCCCCAGACCGAAGAGCAAACUGGGCUGAGUGUCAAGGCGGGUCCUAAAGGUCCAGGUCACCACCCGGUCAGAGCUGCAUCUGUGCCCCAACCACCUCCUAGCAGACCUGUGCCCUCUCACCUGAACCCGCAUGCGCAGAGAGCCAUGUCCUUGGCGGGCACCGCUGAUACUCUGCCUCAGGUUCAGGAGGAGUUCAGGGUGCACAUCAUCACCUGGAAUGUGGGCUGUGCCACGCCACCUGAAGACAUCACCACUCUGCUUGGACUGAACGUGGGAGACGGAAACACAGACAUGUACAUCAUCGGGUUGCAGGAGGUGAACUCCAUGAUUAACAAAAGGCUGAAAGAUGUCCUCUUCACAGACCAGUGGAGCGACGUCUGCAUGGAGAGACUGAGCCCCUUUGGUUAUGUGCUGAUAACAUCCGAGCGAAUGCAGGGCCUGAUACUGCUGGUCUUUGCGAAAUACUUCCAUCUGCCUUUCCUCCGUGGAGUCCUGACAGAGACCACCCGCACAGGAAUGGGGGGUUAUUGGGGGAAUAAAGGCGGCAUUAGUGCCCGAAUGACCGUGUUUGGCCACAGCAUCUGCUUCCUCAAUUGCCACCUGCCUGCUCACAUGGAAAACCAGGACGAGCGUAUGGAUGACUUCGAGAGCAUCUUGCAGCAGCAGCAGUUUGAUAUCCAGGGGCCCACUGGUGUUCUGGAUCAUGAUCUUCUGUUCUGGUUUGGGGAUCUUAAUUUCCGCAUUGAAAAUCUGGAUAUCCAAACUGUGAAAUCAGCGAUCGAGAACAACAGAUACGCCAUGUUGUGGGAGAAGGAUCAGCUAAACAUGAUCAAAGACAGUGAGACAGUGUUGGAGGGAUUCGAGGAGGGGCCGCUGAGAUUUCCUCCCACCUAUAAGUUUGACGUUGGAACGAACACAUACGAUACAAGUGGGAAGAAGCGUACACCAGCUUGGACUGACCGCAUCUUGUGGCGCCUGAGGGCCACGGCACCAGCUGCUCAGACAGCGGAGAGGCGUGUUUCAGUGUCAGGGUUGACCAGAGGGAUCAGAGUGACGCAGCACUGCUACCGAAGCCACAUGGAGUACUUAGUCAGUGACCACAAGCCGGUGUCGUCCAUCUUUACCCUGGAGUUUCCAUACAGGGUGGAUAUUCCUCUGGUCACUCUCAUAGUGGAGGAUGAGUGGAAGAGUGUAGAAGAUGCAAAGGUGAUAUACAAACUGAUGCCCAACUACUCUCGAAGCAGUUGGGACUGGAUUGGAUUGUAUAAGGUGGGUUUCAAGCACCACAAAGAUUACGUGGGAUACAUGUGGGCUAAGAAUGAGGACGCAAAUGUUUACACCCAGGAACAUCAGAUAAACUUUACAGAGGAGGAAUUACCCAAAUUCUCAGGGGAUUUUAUCUUGGGUUACUAUAGCAACAACAUGAACACCAUUGUGGGUGUAACAGAGCCAUUUCAGAUCUGGCUGCCCACUGUGGACGAUUCAGGCAGCUCUUCAGACAGCUCUGACGCCAGCUCAGAAAAUGACAGCACUGUUGUCAUGAAGUUGUUGUCCCGCAGUCCAAGUGUACAGCGCAAACACAGCCGCAGCCGCAGCCUCAGCCGCAGGCAAAGCCAAAGCCGCAGCCGUAGCCGUAGCCAUAGCGGAGGCCGUCCCGGGAAUAUCGCUGGCAACUUUUUGAGCAACCUCGCUGGCAACCUUUUGAGCAGCCUUCCUGGCAACCAGCCUGGCAACCAGCCUGCCAGCCACCCUGUCAACCAGCCUGCCAGCCACCCUGGCAGCCGCCCCAGCACCCGCCCUAGCAGCCCUACAGAGCUCAGGAUGAAGGAGCUCGGUCUCACUGAUGGCACCGCUGCAGGGAGCGAGCCUACGGGACACUCAGCAGACGGCAGCCACAGUCACGGGGCAACAGACAAAAACAAGGAGUGUUCAGGAAUGUGAUGCAACAAAAGCCCGGCUGCUUUUACAGGUUAUAUAACCAACUGUUGUGUCUUUAUUUCAUACAGUCACUGCUCUGUAUGUUUUCUGUGAGGAAAAUAUACAGUUUAUAACGCCAUCCUUUUCAGAAAUAGUCAUCUGGUUGGUUAAAAUGUUUCUACUUGCUGUUGAGUUGUGCACUUGGCAUAUUGUUGUUUUUUUUUGUAUAUCUUUCACUCUGUCCGGUGUUUUCUCUACCUUUGUCCGUUCUCAGGUGUGGACAGUACAGGGAACUGACAACUUGCAUUUAGAUUUUCUCACAGAUUCUCAGUUAUAAAGUGACACACACUCCAUCAUCACUUUUCACAACAAUAGUUGAUCUGCCAAGUCGUUGGGUCAGAAAAGUUCAAAUCAGCAACAGAAAUAGAUAAAAAGUAAUUUAAUUAUUGACCUUAAGUCCUGAAGCAAAUCUAACUUGUUAGCAGUGCAUUAUACAAGUAUCUGUACUUCCUGAACUUUUACACAUUUUAUCACAUUACAGCUGCAAACUGCCAUUUACUUAUGGCAGUUUGCUAUGUUAUUUAUUUGAUAUGUUAUUUUUUACAAAUACUGUUUUUUAUUACCAUUCCCCAAUACUUUAUUUUUCACAAACCACUUUUCCAUGUAAUUACACCUGCAACAGUAGUGGUGAAAAAAUUUAGUUUAGAGUUUCUGUUGAUAGCUGGGGAAAUUAUCCACAUAUGAAUCGUAUAUCACACCUAGUUAUGAAAUGAUUUCCGAGUCUGGUUGUAAGUCCUGCUUCUGGCUGGUUGCAUAAACUAUACGUCAUCGCUGCAUCUCUCCAUUGACCUGCGAACCUGGCUUGUCCCUAUGCAAGUCAGUUAAUACAAGUCUGUGACUGCCUCACUUGCCUCAUCACAUCUGUCUUUUAACAAAACUUGGAGGCUUAGGCGACGCCUUAAUCCUAAUCCAGCGUGGAUUGAAAUGCUGGAAGGUGAGCCUCUGCCCCAGUCUCAAGUUUUUUUCAGGAACAAAAAACUUGAACUUUUGGUCUGAUUUGACCAGAGCACCAUCUUUCACAUGUUUUCUGUGUUCCAGACAUUAAUUUUGGCAAACUACUUAUGUCUUUGGGCUACUUUAAAUAAUGUCUUUAUUUAUUUUCUUACUGCUUUUUGACUUGGUCCAGAUCUGUGGAAUCCACAUCUAAUAGUUUUUCUGUCAACAGAUUUGCCCAUCUGAACGGUGGAUCUCGUCCACAGUUACCAUAGGCCUCUUGGCUGCUUCUCUGAUUAAUGUCCUCCAUAUCAGACCUGUUACUCGGUGGAUGGCUUCAACUUGGUUGAAGUACAGUUUUGCUAUUCUUUGUUGUACAUGUUUUAAACAGUACUUUUUGAAAUGACCAAAACUUCACCAUAACCUUACCUCUGACCUGUCUAUGAUGUUCGGGUUUUCAUGAUGUUCCAUCAACUUUCUCUAGUGAGCCUCUGAGGCUAUAAUCUCCCUCCCAGCUCGUCUUUGUGUAUCAUGAAAUGUCCCAAUAAAAUACCUUAAAUUUGCGUUUAAAACUAAAUGUGAAAUAGUUAAAGGGAUAUUAAUACUUUUGCAAGACACUAAUCUCAUUGCCAGCAUACAUCACCCAUAGUACUAGUGUCUGCAAGCUGCCAAAGCUGCAUGACUUGGAUAAAAUGGAAAAAUGUUCAACACAGACGGUUGAGAUGGUUCUUCUGAGUAGUGAGCUUUAUUGCUUUCUGCAGCAAGAACAGCACAUCAGAUCCCUGUGUACUCUGUGCACUACUCUGAAGAUUCACACAGUCUUUUAACAGUUUUCUACACACACCCACAAAAUCACACAAUCCUCAACACACAUUAAAUCACUUUUGAAACUCGGUACCCCUUUGAUUAAAACUCAAUUCUGUCUGGCCUCACAACACAAAUUAAAGAGUGUAUCAACUCUGUGUUUGCACUCUCUGAGCACGUUAUCGCACUUAUGAAAUCACAAUUCACUUAGUUAUCCAACAUGUUAAAAGGUCAGCGUGUCAUACUAUUGACUGGUGCCACUUAUUUUUGCAUAGAGAAACAUACACAAUUUCUAUCACACUUGCCUUGUGGUCCAUAUUUUGACCCAUCAGUCAUAAAAUAUGCAGGGAGCACUUCUUUUAGAAGAGAUGCAUUCUUCCUGGGUGCAUUAAAUCAGAGAAAGUGGAUCAGAGGCAGUGAUCCAGGAAGCUCUCAGAUGCACAACACAUUCUAGUCUAAAGAGUAAGAGUGUGAGCGCCCUUAAAUAGAUGGCUGUACAGUCAAUAGCAGGAUGCUGCGGGUGUGGACAGAGGUGUUGGGUGUCACAGCACAGCUGUCCCACCAGAACUGAUUGAGUAACGACUGACCAGGCCUGAACUACAGAGGUGAUAACUGCAGCAAUACCUGAGCUGAUCCAGUGCGACGCAUUUAUGCACACACACACACACACACACACACACACACACACACACACACACACACCCUCCCCC